GGCUGGGAAGUGCUCCCGGAGCCCCUCGCCCGGCCUGCGCGGCAGGGGGACCGCUCCGCGCGUUGGGUUUGCGCCCCCUGAAACGUGGAGUCUGAAAUGCGAGUCUUAGCGGAGCUGGCGGCUGUCUCAGUUGCCUUGCCCGCAGCAGUUCGCCUGGCUCUUGGCAAGAUAUCUGAUACUGCACCAGCAAAAUACUCUGUCCUGCAACAAUACCUACAUAAAGAACACAAGCAGGAAUCCAGUGAAAAGAGCAGGGGAGCUGCCACUCUUGCAGCAAAGCCCAGCCCGAAGCUGGCUGCUGCUAAGAACCAGGAUGAGGCAGCUUUGAAGAAAAACCUCUGUGUGAAAGCUGCCAAGGAGCACAGCAUUCCCCAAGAUCUCAACAAAGUAUUGGAAAAUAAAGUCAUGGAAACAGUAUUGGGCCUGUCUUAUGUAAAGCUGUCUGUAGUGGAAAUGACGUGUUCGGGUGAUGCUGACAGCGAAGGCAUCGUGUCCAAAAGUAUUUCUUCUCACUCUGAUCUCAUCCCAGGAGUCUACGAAGGAGGGCUGAAAAUCUGGGAAUGCACCUUUGAUCUCAUGGACUACUUUUCUGAGGCUGAAAUAGAAUUUACCAACAAGACUGUAUUGGAUCUUGGCUGUGGGGCUGGAUUGUUGGGAAUUGUUGCUUUACAGGGUGAAGCUGCCAGAGUCCAUUUUCAGGACUACAACAGCACAGUGAUUGAUGAAAUAACCAUGCCUAAUGUGGUGGCCAAUGGUAUCUGUGAAGGCAGGAGGAUGGGCAGUGGCAAGGACAGAAAAGCCAGCAAGCCUCCUUCAAAGAGGCCCAGGAAAGCAGAGGGCUCACCUGAUGUGCUCAACAGAUGCAGAUUUUUUUCUGGAGAGUGGUCUCAAGUCAGCCAGCUCCUGUUAAACAGCAAACCCUGUUCAAAGUACGAUAUAAUUCUCACCUCUGAGACCAUCUAUAAUCCUGACUACUACAGUGCUUUGCAUGAUACACUGGCUCAGCUCCUGGAUAGGAAUGGCCGUGUGUAUUUGGCAAGCAAAGUGCAUUAUUUUGGAGUUGGUGGUGGUAUCUAUCUCUUUGAGAAAUUCAUUGAAGACAAAAAUGUGUUUAGAACCAGUAUGGUUAAAACAAUUGAUCAGGGUCUGCAACGAUGCAUCAUGGAAAUUGCCUUUAAAAAUUCCUGUUAAAAUUAAACUACUGAUCUUCCAAAAA